AUGGAUGUUAGAACAGUGAUUCUUUUUUACAAUGGAACUUGGGUUGACAGAACAACAUACGUUGAUUAUGAAGUCGAAGGUAUACUAAUUCCAACAGAUUGUUCACAUUAUGAGCUUUCUCACAUAGUAUACGAAGCUUUGAAUUUGGACAGAAACAAAUAUACGAUUGAUCUUCAAUUUCAAGUAACCGAAGGCAUACCACCAAUAAGAAUCAAAGACGAUAGUGGAUGCAAGUUUUAUGAACAAAUACGAAGGAAAAAUGAUGAUGAGACCAAAUAUCCUAUAUGUGUUAACAUCUCAACAUCGACAACCGACAAUGAACACAAUGAUAGAGUAAACUAUACCUACAAUGGGGAAACUAGUUUACAAACAAGGCAACUGCUACCAACAAGAACAGAAUAUGCAACAAAGAUGGCAGAUUAUGUGAUUGAACAAACUCAAAAAUCGAUGGAAGAAAGCUCCGAAGAAAAUCAAAUAAUUUUAAAUCCUCAAGUUGCUGAAAUACACAUUGGCCAAGUUUUCGCAAACAAGGAAACCCUCCAACAAGCAGUAAGCCUUCACUCAAUAAGAUACAAUCAACCUUUCAAGGUAAAAAGAUCAUCAAAACUAGACUAUAAACUAGUCUGUAUUGAUGAUAACUGCAACUGGACAUUCUUAGCAUCAAAACAUGGAAAGAUUGACAUGUUUAUCAUAAGAAAAAUAGAGCAUACUCAUACAUGUUCAUUGGACAUCACUUCUGGAGACCAUCCUCAAGCUACAAGCAACCUGGUUGGAAAGGUUAUAAAAAACAAGUUUGUAAACCCAAAAAGAGAUUACACUCCAACAGAAAUUGUGGAUGACAUGGCAGAUGAUUACAGUGUCUCUAUAUCUUACCAAAAAGCAUGGAGAGCUAGAGAAAAGGCAAUUGUGGAUGCUCGUCGCUGCCCACAAGAAUCAUACAGUGAGAUACCAUCAAUUUUAUACAUGAUGCAAAUAUCAAACCCAGGAACAAUCACAGACCUAGUAACAGAUGAAGAUAACAAAUUCAAAUAUCUAUACUUUGCAGUAGGUGCUUCAAUAAAAGGUUGGCAACACUGUACACCAAUAAUAGUCACAGAUGGAACCUUUUUGACAAACCAACAUGGAGGCACUUUGUUGAUAGCAAGUGCACAAAAUGCAAAUAGACAUAUAUUCCCACUUGCAUUUGCAGUAGUAGAUUCCGAAAAUGACAGCUCUUGGGAAUGGUUUCUUCACAAAAUAAAGGAAACUUAUGGCGAAAGAGAAGGUCAAUGCAUCGUAUCAAAUAGACAUGAGAGUAUACUAAAAGCAGUAAAAGAGACCUUUCCAGAUAUAAUGCAUGGGGUAUGUUGUUACCAUUUGAUGAAGAAUAUAAAAAUGAAAUUCAAAAAAGGAGGUGAUGAGCUCAAGAUUGCAUUUAAUAGUGCAUCUAAAGCUUACAACAUAGAAGAUUUUGAAAAGAGCAUGCAAGACUUGGACAAUAUAGAUGUAAGAAUAAGAGAUUACUUGGUGAAUGAAAUUGGUGUCGGAAAGUGGACAAGACUAUAUGGCAUGAACAGGAGAUACAAAACAAUGACAUCAAAUAUUGCCGAAUCAGUCAAUGCAGCCUUGAAAGCAGUAAGAGACCUACCCAUCGCAACUCUACUAGAAUGCCUACAUUCAUUGGUGCAAAGAUGGUAUUGGGAAAACAAGAAUAGAGCCCAAAAAACUACAACAACACUGGCAAAAAUACCUGAGAAAACAUUAAAGAAACAAAGAGAUAUGAGUUUAAAGUACAAGGUUGAAACAGCAAACCUUCUGGUAUACCAAGUACACGACAACAACAGAUCUCACAUAGUAAACUUGGAGAAUAAAACAUGCAGCUGCCAACGAUUUGAAUAUGAUGAAAUGCCUUGCUCUCAUGUAAUGGUUGUACUAAGCAAAAGGAACCUGUCUUGCUACAAAUAUUGCUCAUACUACUACAUGAAAGAAGCUUUUAUGGCAACAUAUGAAGACAGUAUACUCCCAUUAGGUGAGGCAACAUCAUGGAAUAUACCAGAUUUAAUAAGAAAUAUUGUAGUCCUCCCACCUAAACAUAAGAGAGCUGCCGGAAGACCAAAGAAACAACGAUACAAAAAUGGACUUGAAGCAAAAGCACAAGUGGUAUGCGGUCAAUGUCGCCAAAGAGGACACAACAAAAGAUCAUGUAAAAAUGACCCAGUACUAAAACCACCAAGAAAAAGAAAAAGAUCAUAA